UCCUCCCUUUGCACCUCCUCAGUAGUGACUUCAGCCCCGGUUGGAGGGGGAGGAGCAGGCUGGGAGGCUCUGCUCUCAUGUUGAUGUUUGUUGUUUGCGAGGGAGGCAGCACUGUGUGGAGAGGGACACAGUGUGAACGGAGGGUUGCCAGUACCUGCCUGCACGCUUUUCUUGGGCUCCCCCCCCAAUGCUGCAACUUUUUUUUUUUUUUUAACCGAAAACGCGGCUGAACCGGUGGAGAUCUCCGAUGAUUACUGGCCGAUUGUCGCUGUGAAACACUUGGGCAUAUGGCAGUGAAGGUCCUGCUCGGUUCGCGUUGUGCGCAAAGACUCGUAGUGUCUGUCUGAAAGCGACGGCCAGUCAGGAUGCUGGAGCUCGUCUGAGAGCACCCCGUCUUUUCUCUGGAUUCCCCAUUUAUUUUUUUUUAAUAAAAAAAAAAAAAAACGAAGUUCUGCCUUGUGCCAAUUUCCAACUCUUUUUUUUUUUUUUUUCCUCACCCGUAAACUUCUAAAAAUGGUGUUCUUCGCUUUGUCGUCGGCUCGUAACAAACCUGGAUAACGAAAGGAGUAGCUAACGUGACAACACCCCAACACGACGACCAGCGUCACUUUGCUUCGAGGCACAUCUGCCCCGGGAUUUAUUCAGCUGUGGGGCUUUUAAUCAGCCGUCGAUGCAUCUCGGGGUAUCUGAGUCCAUGAGAGAGUGCGAGUACAGCCAGAUAAGCACUCGCAGCUCCACACCAAUGGAGACUCCUUACAAGAAAAGGACCCCAAAGAAGAGGAAGUGGGAGUCCUUCCCAGGUCGGAAUAAAUUUUACUGCGAUGGGAGGAUUAUGAUGGCCAAGCAGACAGGGGUUUUCUACCUCACCCUUGUCCUCAUUCUAGUGACUUGUGGACUUUUCUUCACCUUUGAUUGUCCGUUCCUGGCACUGCAGUUGACCCCAGUUAUCCCAGUCAUAGGAGGUGUGCUGUUUAUGUUUGUACUGGGGACACUCCUGAGAACCAGUUUCAGCGACCCAGGGGUGCUGCCCAGGGCUACUCCUGAUGAAGCAGCUGACCUGGAGAGGCAAAUAGAUGUGGCUAAUGGCAGUACUGGCUACAAGCCUCCUCCCAGGACCAAGGAGGUGGUCAUCAACGGACAGACAGUCAAGCUGAAAUAUUGCUUCACCUGCAAGAUCUUCAGACCGCCACGUGCCUCCCACUGCAGCCUCUGUGACAACUGUGUGGAGCGUUUUGACCAUCACUGUCCCUGGGUGGGGAACUGUGUGGGAAGGAGGAACUACCGUUUCUUCUACAUGUUCAUCCUCUCGCUCUCCUUCCUCACCAUCUUCAAUCUUGCCUCCGUCAUCCACACACACAUUUUACGCUCCCAUCAAAACGGGUUCCUCAACGCACUUAAAGAUAGUCCUGCCAGUGUGCUGGAGGUGGUGGUGUGUUUCUUCUCUGUCUGGUCCAUAGUGGGCCUCUCAGGCUUUCAUACCUACCUAAUCAGCUCCAACCAGACCACCAAUGAAGAUAUAAAAGGGUCUUGGUCUUCUAAAAGAGGGAAGGACAACUAUAAUCCCUACAGCCAUGGCAAUAUAUUCACCAACUGCUGUGCAGCCCUGUGUGGACCCCUGCCACCAAGUCUCAUUGACAGACGGGGCUUUAUCCAAUCAGACACACCACAGCUGGCACCACCAACCAAUGGCAUCACUAUGUAUGGCGCCACCCAGUCUCAGCAGAGCCACAUGUGUGACCAAGACCAGUGCAUUCAGAGCACAAAAUUCGUUUUGCAGGCCGCCGCCACCCCUCUCCUCCAGCAGCAGAGCAGCGAGCCAGUGAUCCUGACGACCUCCCCCGAAAACGGAGGCACUCUAACUGGCCGCACCUCCCUCACCCUGGGCGGCCCGUGCACCUCGCUCCCCCUCGGCCAGCCCACCCCUCCGACGUCCACCCCCAGCCUCAGCUGCCACGAGGUCACCGACAUGCUGCCAAUCCACGGACACAGCCUCGCACACAACCACAGCCACAGCCACGCCCUCCAGGAGCCAGUGGCCCACCACCACUUCCUUACCCCAGAGGAAGUGCCUUCACCGCCAGGUAUGCUUCCCUGCGGCAGCCCCUUGGGACACAGCCACACCAUGCAGGCCGGCUUCUACAACCCAGCCAGCCAGGACUCACUACACGAGGACUCUGUCAGAGGACUGGUAAAGCUCAGCUCUGUCUGACGAUGGGAUAUAUGCCCCCUCGUCCCGCCUCCUCCCUCCUGAAAACAUGCAUCAAACCCAUGAAACUCUCCUGUGCCACUUUUGUACCAGCCCGCUCUCACCUUGAGUUUUCCUUUCUCUCCUCAUCAGGACCCGAGAACAGAAAAGGGCUGUGGUUUAAAUUCAGCUGCUAGAAACUGAAUAAUGGAAUUUAACUGAACCGAAGUGAAACCAGUUGUCCUUCUGGCCAAUGUUUUGCCAAACCUCUCUGCUGGAACUGGUGUGUUGGCCUGUAUGACAAACAUAAUGUUCUCACUGUUUAUUUUUUAUUUUUUUUACUUCAAGGGAAGCAUUAUCCACUAACCCCUGGAAAUUGGACAGGGGGAUUUCUUUUUCAAAAGUGGCGUAUGUCUGUGAGCCAUGUCAAGCAAAAAAAGAAUACAUGUUUUGACCGUACAUGACAUUUUGGGUCAAAUGACAAAUUUCUGUCAGUGGAUUACAUGUAUGACAGGUUUUUUUGUAAAACAAACAUUAGCCUAUUUGCCUGUUGCUGAUUGGACAGCGUCUUUUGCCUUUUUUUCUUGGGACAUUCUCAGCAGUGCAAUGGGUGAUGUCAUCAUGUUGCAUAUCAUCUUGCUUUUUCUAUGUUAAAAAAAUAAGAGACUGUUGUACUGUACCAUGGUUAUUACAAAUCUUACAAAUUAUUAUAUUUCCUGUGGAUAUUAAUAAAACACCCACUUUUUAUCAGA